AUGACGACAACCAAACAAGAUGAACGAGUUACGAUAUUAAAAGAGCUGGAUAAUGUAUUUAAUAUGGUGAAAGUUCAGAAAGAAGAGAUUAUAAAGAGUGAAAAAGAAUAUAAUGAAAUAAGUCCUAAAGGAUUAAAAGAAGAAGUAAUUAAUGAUAUUGCAAAUGAGAGUAUUUCAGAUAGAAUUUCAAGAAUAGAAGGUGUUUAUAAUAGAAAAGAAGAAAUAGUAAGAAAAAAUGAAACCAUUAGAGAUCAAAUAAAAGAUGGAAUUUCAAUGUUAAGAACAAUGAUAAAUAUUUAUCAUAGACUUGAAGAAAUUCGAUUUAAUGAUGGACAAAUACUUUCAGAACAUGUAGACAAAAUUAUUUCAAAAGUUAUGGAAACAGAAGUAAAAAGAAUUGAUAAAUUAAUAAAUGAAAAUCCACAUAGAAAAUAUAGAUAUCAAGGAGAAUUAGAUAGAAAAGCAAAAGAAUGGGAAAGUAGAAGAGUAGAAGAAAAUUUUCUUCCAUCCCACCAAAUGACUCAAAUUGAAAUGUGGAGUAGAAAAAAAGCAGGAAAUGUUGUUUUUGAUUCUAAAACAGAUGAAUGGGAUAAAGACACAUCUGUGUUUGAUAAAAAUAUAAUGUAUAGAGAGCACUUAAUGAUUAUAAUAACAGAUACAGAAGGAAAUAGAUUUGGUGGAUAUAUUAACUCUUAUAUUAAUGGUACUGGGUAUUGGAUAAAUGAUCCAAAUGCAUUUGUAUUUUCUUUGGAGUCCAAAGGAAGAAAAAGAGGAAUGAUGAAAUUUGAUAUUAAAGAACCACAAGAUGCAUUUUAUUUAUGCAAUCAAUCAAGUGAUUGGCUAUUUGGUUUUGGAAAAGACAAUGAAUCUGGCUAUGAUAUUGGAGUUUAUAAAGAAAGUAAUAAAGCAAUUUCCUAUUGUCAUCAACAUUCUUAUGACUAUAAUUCUUUAUCAAAUGCUCUAUGUGGAAAACAACAUCCUGAACAUUUUAUUCCAAAAAGAAUCAUUGUUAUUGAAAUGAAUUAA